CUUUUUCUUUUCGUUUCUUGUUGUUUAGUUCCAAAAGCCCAAAGCCCCAGACCCUAACCCUAAUACUCCAUUCGGACCUUGACUAAAGGCAUCGUCUCUAUUCCUCCUUGUUUUGCUACCAAGACGGAUUCCGAUGAAGGUUUCUCGGUAGUCCCAGAAUCCUGUAAGGUAUCAUUGCUUGUAUCAUCGUUCAAAUUCUUCAUUCAGUUUUUUUCAUCGAUAAUGCAGCCUCCUGUACCAGUGCCGCAGGGAACCAUGUCGAGUUCUGGUAGCUUUUCCUUUUCUCCAAAUCCUCAGUUGGUUCAGAAUGCACAAAAUCAACCCUCUAAAUCUGAUACACCAGCCACUGGUACACAAGCUGCUACUGUAUCAUCUAUGUCAACUGUUUCUCAGCCUGGCCAAUUGCUGGUCCAUAACUCUUCAGAUAUUACAAUGAAUGCAUCUACCACUCCCAGUUUUGCUCCUAUAACUUCACGGAUACCCGCCACUUCAUCUUUCCCCAUGUCUAGUGGAUCUUCAGGAACUCCAGGAGCACCAGCACACCCUGGGUUAGUACCAUCUAUCCAGAUGAUUACUGCCUCGGCUGCUGCUGAUUCUCCCUCUCCUGCAGUUCCUGGACCCAGUGCUCCCGUUUCAUUAAAUCCAGCUGUCCAACAACAAGCAUACCCUCCCUAUACAUCCUUACCUCCUAUGGUUUCUUCCCCACAUGGAUUUUGGAUGCAGCAUCCUCUAAUGGGUGGCUUUUCCAGGCCUCCGUUUGUGUCUUACCCUAGUAUUUAUCCCGGACCCUUUCCUCCAACAUCAGGUGGUAUGCCUCAUCCUGCACCAUCAUCUGAUUCUCAACCUCCUGGUGUUAGACUUCUGGGAAUGAGUCCAUUUGCACCAUCUACUGCUGCUCUUGCUAACCAACCAUCGGCAAUACAGACAGGAUUACCACAAGGAAUUGAUAAUAGGAAACUUGUCCAUGAUGUUGGCACCAAAGCUGAAACUGUUUUCAGUGAACAAUCUGAUGUCUGGACCGCCCACAAGACUGACACUGGGGUUGUUUACUACUAUAAUGCAUUAACAGGAGAGUCGACUUAUGAAAAACCUGCUGGAUUUAAAGGGGAGCCUGAUCAAGUUACUGUGCAGCCAACUCCAGUUUCCGUGGAGCAAUUGGCAGGAACGGAUUGGGCACUAGUUACCACAAAUGAUGGCAAAAAAUAUUACUACAACAGCAAAACCAAGAUUAGUAGCUGGCAGAUACCCUGUGAAGUUACAGAGUUGAGAAAGAAACAAGAUAGUGAAGUAUCGAAGGAGCGUGCAGCACCGGUAUCAACUACUGAUGUAGUGGCGGAAAAAGGAUCUACGCCAGUAAGUUUGAGUGCUCCUGCUGUUAACAGAGGUGGCCCUGAUGCCAUGCCUUUAAGAACAUCAGUGGUGCCUGGUUCUUCAUCUGCACUGGAUUUAAUUAAGAAGAAGUUGCAAGAUUCUGGAGUUCCUUCUUCCUCAACUGUUCCUGUCAUGCCUGUAACAGCAGCAAAUGAUUUAAAUGGCUCAAAAGCAGUUGAUGUUAAGGGCUUGCAGAGCGAGAACAACAAAGAUAAGGUAAAAGAUGACAAUGGGGAUGGUAACAUAUCGGAUUCCUCUUCAGAUUCUGAGGUCGCAGACGCUGGGCCUUCCAAGGAAGAGUGUAUCAUGCAAUUUAAGGAAAUGCUCAAAGAACUGGGGGUCGCACCAUUCUCAAAAUGGGAAAAGGAACUCCCAAAGAUAAUGUUUGAUCCACGUUUUAAGUCUAUUCCAAGUCAUUCUGCUAGGAGAUCCUUAUUUGAACACUAUGUUAAGACACGAGCUGAGGAGGAACGCAGAGAAAAACGAGCAGCUCAGAAGACUGCAAUAGAAGGAUUUAAGAAGUUGCUGGAUGAAGCAUCAGAGGAUAUUGAUCACAACACCAAUUAUCAGUCUUUCAAAAGAAAAUGGGGAAGUGAUCCACGAUUUGAGGCUUUGGACCGUAAGGAUCGGGAACUUUUAUUAAAUGAAAGGGUUCUUCUUUUGAAGAGAGCAGCUGAAGACAAGGCUCGAGCCAUACGUGCUGCUUCUUCUUCUAGUUUUAAGGCCAUGCUUAAAGAGAAAGGAGAUAUCAAUGUUAAUUCCCGUUGGUCCAGGGUGAAAGAUAACUUGAGGAAUGAUCCAAGGUACAAAUCUGUUAAGCAUGAGGAUCGAGAGGUUUUGUUUAACGAGUACAUAACUGAACUCAAAGCUAUGGACGAGAAAGCAGAGCGAAAGGAGAAAGUGAGAAAAGAGGAGGAGGAUAAACUGAAGGAAAGAGAGAGAGAGUUGCGAAAAAGGAAAGAGAGAGAAGAACAAGAAAUGAAAAGGGUGCGGCUUAAAGUUCGCAGGAAGGAAGCAGUUUCAUCUUUUCAAGCUUUGCUUGUGGAAACAAUUAAAGAUCCCCAGGCAUCUUGGACUGAAUCGAGGUCUAAGUUGGAAAAGGAUCCUCAGGGACGUGCAGCGAACCCUGAUUUAGAUUCAUCUGAUAUGGAGAAACUCUUCCGUGAACACAUAAAAAUGCUGUUUGAGAGAUGCUCGAAUGACUUCAGAGCUCUAUUAUCCGAAGUCAUAACUCAAGAUGCAGCUGCUCAAGAGACAGAAGGUGGUAAAACAGUCCUCGAUUCAUGGUCAACGGCCAAACGUCUUCUGAAGCCAGAUCCCAGGUAUAACAAAAUGCCAAGAAAAGAGAGGGAAGUACUAUGGCGCCGACACGCCGAGGAUAUGUUGCGGAAGCAAAAAUCAGCGACUGAUCAAGAGGAAGGGAAGCACACAGAUGCUAAAGGCAGAAGCUCUGGUGGUGAUUUUAGAAGAUACUCAUCAGGUGCCAGGAAAGUCCAUGAACGUAGAUAGCUUGGUUUCUUGGGGGGAAAACUAGGAAUUUGUAGAAUUUGCUGAUAUAUAUAUAUAUAUAUAUAUAUAUAUGAGUUAGGGUCUGGUUUAGUUAGUUUCCCCCAUGCUGAAGUAAAACGGGUUAAAGAAAUUCACCCAUAUAUUUAUCAUGUAAUCAAUCCAUUGAGUUCUAAUAUUGUUACAAUUUCUG